AUCUCAGUAAUUUUUGGAUGUUAUUUCUGAGAGGAGUAGAGUUGAGAAUUCCGCUACCUUUCAAAUCCAUGCUUGGGAUAGUUUUAUUUCCUAACUCCUCUAAGAGAUUCUGAAUGGAUAAAAUUUUCCUUCUUAUGUUCAUGAAUUCUUCUUUUUUUCCCCUCUUCUAUCUAGGAGACUUUGAAUGUGAUUGAUCCUGGCUUGAUGGAUCUAAAUGGGAUGAAUGAGGAUGCCCUGGAAUGGGAUGAGACAGAUAUAAGUAACAAGUUAAUUAGUUUGAAUGAAGAAUCAAGUGACCCUGAUCAAGAACCCCAGCCUGUCAUGCCUUCAUUAAAGCCUGAAGAGAUGAGCAGUGAGGACCCUGGUUAUGAGGAAGAGGGAGGUGACCAUGGGAGAUCACAGUAUGCUUCAAAUGUCACUGCACCCUCCAGUCCACACAUUUACCAAGUGUACAGUCUUCACAACAUAGAGCUCUAUGAAGACAGCCACAUGCCAUUUCUGAGCAGUCCAAAGUUCACUGGCAUGACACAGACUAGUGUUUUAACUAAGAGUCUCAGUAAAGACUCUUCAUUUUCCUCUACCAAAUCUUUGCCAGAUCUUUUAGGGGGCUCCAGUUUGGGGAAGGCCUGCCCAUGCCACAGUGGAGACAUGAGCCAGAAUUCUGGCAGUGAGAGUGGGAUUGUCAGUGAAGGAGACACUGAAACGACUACUAACUCUGAACUAUGUCUGCUGAAUGUGGUAGAUGGGUCCCCAAGUAACCCUGAGACUGAACAUCUGGACCCACAAGUGGGAGAUGCAGUUAACGUGUUAAAGCAAAAAGUUAAAGAUGAGCAGGAAUGCAUGAAGCUUCCAAAUAGCACUCGGUCAUCCAUUUCACCAGUAGGUUGUAUAAGUGGAAAAGUUGGAGAUUUAAACAGUGUUACCAAACAUACCCCUGAUUGUUUGGGAGAAGAAUUACAAGGAAAACACGAUGUGUUUACAUUUUAUGAUUACUCAUACCUCCAAGGCUCAAAACUCAAAUUACCAAUGAUAAUGAAACAGUCACAAAGUGAAAAAGCACAUGUGGAUGAUCCCCUUCUUCGUGGUUUUUAUUUUGAUAAAAAAUGCUGCAAAUCUAAACAUCAGACUUCAGAGCUACAACCAGAUGCACCACCCCAUGAAAGGAUUUUGGCAAAUGUACCACCCGAAAUGGGUCGCAGCUCAUAUAAAAGUGGUGAUAUCGAAAAGACAUUCGCUGGUAUUCAGAAUGCCAAGCAGCUCUCCCUUUUAUCUCGCAGUUCAUCCAUUGAGUCCCUUUCUCCAGGGGGUGAUUUAUUUGGAUUGGGCAUCUUUAAGAAUGCUGGUGACAGCCUCCAGAGAAGCACUUCUUUAGAAAGUUGGUUGACAUCCUACAAAAGCAAUGAAGAUCUUUUUAGCUGUCACAGCUCUGGGGACAUAAGUGUGAGCAGUGGCUCAGUUGGUGAACUGAGUAAAAGGACAUUAGAUCUACUGAAUCGUUUGGAGAAUAUCCAGAGCCCCUCAGAGCAAAAGAUAAAGCGAAGUGUUUCUGAUAUCACUCUCCAAAGCAGUUCCCAAAAGAUGUCCUUUCCAGGCCAAAUGUCACUGGACAUAGCAUCUUCUAUCAAUGAAGAUUCAGCAGCGUCCCUUACAGAACUUAGUAGCAGUGAUGAGCUCUCUCUUUGCUCAGAGGACAUUGUGCUACACAAGAACAAGAUCCCGGAAUCAAAUGCGUCAUUCAGAAAGCGUUUAAAUCGUUCAGUGGCUGAAGAAAGUGACGUCAAUGUCAGCAUGAUUGUCAACGUCUCUUGCACCUCUGCUUGCACUGAUGAUGAAGACGACAGUGACCUCCUCUCCAGCUCUACCCUCACCUUAACUGAAGAAGAACUGUGCAUCAAAGAUGAGGAUGAUGACUCCAGUGUUGCAACAGAUGACGACAUUUAUGAAGAAUGCAACUUGAUGUCAGGGCUGGACUACAUAAAGAAUGAGCUGCAGACCUGGAUUAGACCAAAACUUUCCUUGACAAGAGAUAAGAAGCGGUGCAGUCUCAGUGAUGAAAUAAAGGGGAGUAAAGACAUAAGCAGUAGUGAGAUGAUCCAGCCUUCUGACACCCUGAACAUUGAGGCCCUUCUAAAUGGAUCCAUAAAACGUCUCUCUGAAAAUAAUGGAAAUGGUGAGAAUUCAUCCCAUAGCCAUGAGUUCGGGACAAAGGGUGAAAAUAAGAAAAAUAUUUUCAAAGUUAGUAAAGAUCCAUAUGUAGCAGACAUGGAAAAUGGCAAUAUUGAAAGUUCUCCAGAAAAGCAAAAGGACAAAAUGAAUGGGAUUUCAAAGGCAUCAGAAAAUCAUGGUUCAAAUGAGAAAGAGAUCUCAGAAAGUGCACAUUGUAAGUGUAAAGCAUCUAUGGAUGGUUCAGAUGAUUCAAAUAUUGCUGAAAAGAAAUUUAUUUCCCAAAAUGUUAGAUAUCUUCCAAAGAAGUGUCCAAAUCACCACCAUUUUGAAAAUCGAAGUGCCGAUUGCCCUCCCACUGAGAAGUCUUGCCCAGAAAUGGCUGUAGAAACUAGAGUUUACAACAGACAGGACAGUGAUGUACUGAAAUCUUCAUCCACUGAUGAACCAAGUGUGGCUGGAAAAUCUGCCAGUUGCUGCCUGGCACUUGAACAAAAUGAAACAGAGAAAAAUGCUUCUAUCAGCGACAAUGCUUCCUGUUGCCACUGUGAGCCAGAUGUUUUCCUUCAAAAAGAUGCUGAAGAUUGCUCAGUGCACGACUUUGUUAAGGAAAUCAUUGACAUGGCUUCAACAGCCCUAAAAAGUAAAUCUCAACCUGAAAAUGAAGUAGCUGCUCCCACUUCAUUAACUCAAAUCAAGGAGAAGGUGUUAGAACAUUCUCACCGGCCUAUUCAGCUCAGAAAGGGGGACUUUUAUUCCUACUUAUCUCUCUCAUCUCAUGACAGUGAUUGUGGAGAGGUCACCAAGUACGUAGAGGAGAAGAGCAGCACUCCAUUGCCACUGGACGCUAUCGACUCUGGCUUAGAUGACAAAGAAGAUAUUGAAUGUUUCUUUGAGGCCUGUGUUGAGGAGGACCCUCAUGAAGAGGAGCCCUGUUUCUCUAGUGCUCCUCCAAAUGAACCUGCAGCUCCCAACGAAGCUACAGUGCCACUACAAACAACAGCAGGCUCUUCUGUGCUCCGUGAUAUUUCUCUCUUAGUCGAUGAUGCUGAUACGAUGACUCUUUCAAGACCUCCCCCUCAGGACAAAGUUGGAAAGGAAGCAGAUGAUUUGUUCCAAACUUCCUGGGGCUGUGAAGAAAGUUCAGAGCUUACUCCUUCAAGGCUAGGGAAUAAAAAGGAAAGUUCAGGAAAUGCAGCUGAAUCAAGAAUGCCAGAAGAACAUAAUGCUACUUCAGCUGAAUGCAAAGUUCAAGACCUCUCCUUGAAGGCAAAUCAGCCAAAAGACAAGGAUGCACUGCAUCCCAGCCCCCAAAGCUUAACCUGUGAAGAAAAUCUUGUGAGCUUUCAUGAGGAACAGCAUAGAAAUAUGCACAGGUAGAAUGUAACAAACCCCCAAGCAUGAACAUCUCACUGAAAGAUAACCUGGCUGUACCUAGGGGCAGGCCUCAUCUUCCCGCCCUGGGCUGGUCUCUGGUUCCAUCCUGUUGUCACUGCCGUUUGUCAAGUUGACUUUCUCAAGAUGAAUCUUCCUUCCAAAUGCAGUUUGUCCACCUGGGCUUUGUGAUCUGGAUGUGUGCACUGGUUCUCUUUAGGUAAUCGUCUUUGAACUUCAACAAAGCUGCUUGUUCUCCCAUGGAUUCCUGUCCCAAGCUACCUCCGCCAACCCUCUCUCUCCAGCAAGACCUUUCUAUUUGCUUCCUCCCUUCCCCAUCUGCUCUUUCAAGUUCUGCAGUCACCAAAUUGAUGGUCCAUUCAACUCACUGUCUGGAGUGAUCCCGUCCAUGACAGCACUUGACCGAUUUCAUGUUUCAAUCUGGAUUUUUUUGAUGGUAUGAUGCCUAUGUUUAUUGAAAGAGGUUUAUCUAAAAAGCCAACAUUUGAUUUGAUUGCAGCCUAAAGAAGGAACUGGUCCUUCUUUCAAAAUUAAGCAACUUUUAAAAGCGCCAUUCUAUUUAUUUUGAUUUAAUAAUAAUCUAUGCAGCACUUCAAGAAACAACUAUUACAGUGUUGUAUAUUAUAAACUGGUGACGUACUACUCUUAAAAUAUGUACAACAUUUUUUUUUAUGCUUCUUGAGGUGGUAAUGAGAAAAAAGUUUUUGUUUUUGUUUUUUUUUAAAAAGUGUGCCUUGCUAUAUUUCUUAUACCAUUUAUCAAAAAGCUGCUUUCAUGGUAAAAUUAUGUUGGUUUGAGAGGAGGAAAUAGCAAGGUUAAGAUGUGUGAAUAACUUCUGUAUAUAUGUAUAACCAAGUACAAGCAUUGAUGUAUAAUGACAGUAUAAAAUGCUUUCAUGUUUGUGAUGUCUAGUGAUGUGGAAAAUAUAAGCCUUAAGCCCAUUAAUUGCAUGGUAAUUAAAAUUGGCGUAAUAAAAAGAGUUCAUUGGGGAAAAGGAAAAUUAGUGAUCUCUUUUACCUGUGUUCUUUACCAAAUUGUUGUAUUGGUUCUGAAAAAAGUAUAACAUGCAGCAGCUUCCAAAAUAUCCAUAUUGCCUAAGAGGCUUAAAUUACUUAAAUUACAGAUGAGGUGUGAAGCCUUUAUGGUUUUUAAGAUCUUUCUGGCCACAUAGACAUCUUGAACAGCAAAUGACUAAAGGCCAGCUCCCCUAACCAAUAAAAAUUCAUACUAGAUUUUUAAUUUCCUCUUAUCAUUAAUGGUUUACUGUUGGAUUUCAGGGUCUCUGGUAUGGCAUAAUUUAUUUUAAAUAAUUCUUUUGAAUGGGUUGGAUAGAAAGAUGGUAAAAAAGUACAGAAAUAAUUGACUAUUAUUUUCAUUUAGACAAAUAUUUCAGGUAUAUUUAUUUUGUGUAAAGGAAAUCAUCAGAGAAAUAUUUCAUUUGGUCUUUAUUGACCCUUGAUAAAUGCAGCUUUUAAUUUAUAUCACAACUCCUACUAAAGUGCCUGACACAGUAGGUAUUCCAUAGAUAUUUGCAGAAUUGAAGCAUCAAAUUAGGUAACAUGAUGACAUGUAGCUCUUCAUUUGAGAAACAUACACCAAAACAAGUAUGUGACUAGAAAAAGAUAUAAAUGCAGUAUAAAAACCACCUAUCAUAUAUAAUCAAUUUAUAUCAGAUUUCAAAAAGGGAAAGAAUGUAUGGAUUCAGUUAGUCAGUGAAAUGACAAUCGUCCACUCAGCAGAUAGCUCGUUGACAUCUGUUAUCUGCAAGGACUGUUUUGGAUUCAGGGAAUGCAAAGAUGAAAAGACAAAGGCCCUGCCCUUGCUGGCUCACCUACAUUAGGGGUAAAGUGAAUGCACAAAUGAUAUGCGGCAGCUGUGCUGCAGGUGAGGAAGAGAACAAACAUGGUGAAAGAAACAGGAGAGAAGGAAGGGUUAGGAGACAGUAGAAAGUUUGACAACAGAAUGUUAGUGGGGAUUUAUUGCAGAAGUAAUAGAAGAGGUCCAUUGGAGGACUGAGUGAAGGGUCUCUAGCUGAGAUAAAGCUGAGCUUUUGCGUGUGUGGGAUGCUAGGUCAGUAAGGACAGCCUGUGGUCUUUGUUUUGCACCUGAUUUUAUUUUGUAAUUAGAACUUUAUUAGCCCCGAACCAAAAGCACUUAAACACUGCUUAUCUGUAAUUCUACCACCUUAAGAACUUUGUGUUUUUAUCCCCUUCUCAUCUUUCCCAUGCAUAUUGCUAGGCUUCUGAGUGGGUAGUGAUUUCUUCCAAAGGGGUCUUAGGCAGACAUUUAGAUGCAUUGUUGGAGAUGGUCCCAGGGGAAGAGAUUAGAGCUAAUUGUCUAGUUAUGAGGCAGCUAUAGUGAGUAAAGUAGGCUGAGGCAAAAGUAGCAUAUACAGGUGUGUUGCCCAGAAGGUAGAGAAAGAGCAAUUCCUAGUCUUUGAAACACCUAAGAGUAUUUUGGGCCUCUGUUGGGAUAGGGUAUUAUUUUGCAUACUGAGAUAACCUACAUUUUUCUUGGUUAGUUACUAUUGUCAAAUGUGUAUCUGUUGGUAAAAAUUCAAAGAAUUAAUUGACUGCGGUGAUUCAUUUACCUGUUCUAAGCUCACAGAAUCUCUGGAGGUGGGAAUGUAUUUGUUAAUUAUGUACUUAGUAUUACACCAAACUUUUAGAUUGAUUUCUAGGCUUAUUGAACAAUGCCAUUUCCAGUUGGAAGAGAUGGGAUCGCCUCAAUCUCACACCUCCCCAGUUACCAACUCUGUCUGCACACUUCUGUUUUGUUACCUGUUAAAGCAGACCGUUCCACUUCUGGGCCGGUCUUGUUAGAAUGUACCUUCACAGCUUGCUGAACUCUGCAGAGCGCCCCCCCACCCCCAUCUUUACUUUUGCUCACUGGUCCUUCUUCUGUCUUGCGAAGCACUCAUGGCAGCCCCGAAGGUCAUUGAGGCCAGCUCCUUAUCCUCUCCCAACCACUCUCCUCCAACUGCCCCUCAUAUGUCAUGGUUUUCAGAUCCAUUUCAACCUGACUGAAUGUUUACAGACAGAGCCCUUGAAAUUGAGGAGCUGUCUUCAUCAUCGUACAUGUAGAGAGGUAUCUGAGCAUCUAAGUGAUAAGUUUUCUCUAAAAUAUACUCAAGAUAUAUGUUUAUUCUAUUAUUGUAAAUUUCAAUAAAUAAACAAAAUAAAUAAGAAAAUAAAUAAGAAUCCAUGACUUCCUUCAGUGGUCCAGGCCAGUGCUGGGGUCACCUUGAAUCUUUUCCUUACAUUGACUAAAAACCUAACCUGUUCUCUUUCCAUUUAUUCAUUCAUUCACUCAUUCAACAAACAUUCAUUGAGUGGCCAUUCAUGUGAGGCGCUAUGUUUGGCAACAGAUCUACAAAGUCAAUUGAGACAUAGUCUCUGUCUUCAAAGGGCUGGCAGGUUUUUUUUGAAGUGCCUUUCAUGUUCUUGAAUAGAGUGGUUAUGACUUUUCUCCAAAUUAAAUAAUGACCCCAUUUGCUUUGUUUCUUGUCUAGUUUCUCUAAGUUUUUCAAAAACCCAGUGAGCAAAAUAGUCUGUGCAGUGAUGUGGAUGUGACUACAGAGGGAGGUGAAAUGGUCUUAAUUACAGGAAACCUUUGUCUGAUUUCUGGUGACCAAAUAAACAUGCAUCUCAUACAACAAAAGAAAAAUCUGAAUUUUGGGCUUUUGACAACCUCA